ACCACCAACCAUAUCGUCGCCGUCAGUGGCGCGACCACAUAACCGUGGACAGGUGCGGGUAGUGCGGACGUGAAAAGCGCCACCUGUUUGACUAAUCGCAAGUGACUAACGCAAGAACCCUCUAGAGAACUAUUUUGCGUCUAAUCCGCUGCCUACAGAUAUCCAAAAAAAUAAAAGAAAAAAACGCCCUGGCCAAGCGAGAGAGACAGAGGACACCUCUAGUGAAAUAGAUUUCUUAGAUCGCUCGCUCCCUUUUUGUCUCUCUCUCUCUCAAGUCUCUCAGAAUCUCUCUCUCUCACGCUCCCUCCAUCUCUCUCAUGGUAUGACCCAGGAGGCGGCCAUGAUACCACUCCCAAAGACCCACCUCUAGACCGGAGCCACUUCGGAGGGCGGUUGUGGACGCUCGGGCGGCGAAAUCACGAAUAAACAAGCAUCAUCACGCCCGUUUUCCCCCCUACCGAGGAUUACUCUUGAUCCGUGGGCGCCGCCGCCGCCGCCGCCGCCGCGGUGUAUGAUGACCGUGGAAGUGUGCGGGCGGGUUUCCGCGCCCAGCAGCGCCUCGCCCGGAGGAGGCUCCUCCUCAGCCACCAGCCACAGCGACGAGGGCGGCUUGGACGACGCCCACAGCGAGGGUGGAGGAGGAGGAGGAGGAGGUGGGCGUCUUUCGUCUCCUUCGCCGGUACGCGGAGACACGACCUCCGAUCCACCGGUCCAUCGGUCCAAGUUCAUGAUCACCGACAUUCUGGCCCAGAGGGGCCCGCCGCCCUCCUCCGCCUCGCCCCCCCUGCUGGGGGAGAAGGGGGAGUGUGAGGGCGCUACGUCCAACACGCCCACCAACAAAGGACUGAAGGAUCUCGACGACGUCCUCGGAGGCCAAGAUGAGGAGGACGACCACAUGGGUGAAGGCCUAGGUCACCACGAUGACGAAGAUAGUAACGACGUCUCAACGCCAUCAGCCAAAAAGCAGAGGAAGGCCAGAACGGCCUUCACAGACCACCAGCUCCAGACCUUAGAGAAGAGCUUCGAAAGACAGAAAUACCUGAGCGUCCAGGACAGGAUGGAACUGGCAGCUAAACUGAACCUCACAGAUACCCAGGUCAAGACUUGGUACCAGAACAGAAGAACUAAAUGGAAACGCCAGACGGCUGUAGGCCUAGAGCUUCUGGCAGAGGCUGGAAACUACGCUGCCCUCCAGAGGCUCUACGGCCCAACCUACGGCUGGCCCUAUCCGCCGCAACCUGCUUCCGCAGCAGCCGCAGCAGCAGCAGCUGCCGCAGCACUGAGCCCUGCUGCAGCUUCCGUGGACCUGUACUACCGCCAGGCAGCGGCAGCCGCGGCCCUGCAGAAGCCUCUGGCUUACCGACUUUACCCUCCAGGUCUGCCGAUACUCCCCCACGUCACUUCUGAUCCCCUAAGGGACGCCCUCAGACCGGAGGCCCUCAGGCCAGAGGCGGUGAGAGCCGACGUCCUGAGACCGGAGCUGAGGCACGACGCCCUCAGACUAGAGCGUCCGGAGCUCUUCAAGAGCGAUGCCGGCGGGAAGCUGGAAAGCCGCCUCUUCCCGGGAGACUCGCAGUUGGUCUCUCCGCCUCCGCCCCUUCCUCCUCCUGCGGCGGGGACGGCCAGGGACCACGACGACGGAGACAUGCCGCCUCUGGGGGACCUCGGGCGGUCUUCGUUGGGGAUCCUCAUGCGCCCUGCGGCGUCUCCUUCGCCGACGCGGUGCUCCUCAUCGCCGACGGACUUGCGGAUCAGGGCUUCUCCGGAGCCGCCUUGCGAUCUGCACAAGAAUCCGCACUGAAUGGCUCCUUCGUCAGCUUCCCUGAGGGGGAGUCCCCCUGUCCCUCCUAGCCCCUCCCCAGCUUCCCUCCCAUUACUCCACUCCCUCCCUACUCCCUACCCGAAGUCCAGCCACUCCUACUCCUCCUGUGUGCUUUAGGUCAAACGAAUCCCCACCUGUCUCGCUUUCUCUCUCCCUCCCUCCCUCUCCCCCAACUUCCCUCCCCCUUCCACCUCCCCUCUCCCCCAUUCCCCUCCCCUACCCCAUCACACUUAUGUCAGGAGACCCUCUCCUUCCAUCCCUCAUGUACAAAGGUAGUUGUAAACCUCUUUAGUUUAGAUAAAACUUCAAAAAAAAAGAGAAAAAAAAUUAACAACAAACCUCUAAGUUUAGAUGACUUUUUAUGUACAGUUGUAUUUAUAGAAUUAUAUUAUAUAAAUAAUUAUCUGUUGUAAAUAAAAAGAAACAAUAAAAUAAUAUAGUAGAACGAUCCCUGGCAGGUCGAGAUGAAACGACCCAUUUCGGAAUGUCCCAAAUAACAGCAGAAACAAAAGAUGAAAGCAAAGAUAACAAUAAGUCACCCAAAAGACGUCGCGUUUCUCAAAGGCCUGCCAGAGGUAUCCUGUAGAAUAAGGGCAAGAGAUCUAGUCAAAGUAGAAUUACACAUGUUAAGUGUAGAAUUCCCUUAAGUGUUAGUGUGCUUAACAAGGAAAAGUAUGUGUCAUCUACAUUGUUAAAUAAAAGGAAA